AUGAAAGCAAACAAACUCGAAGGCUACAUCUUAGGGUUUUAGCAGUUUAAUACUGAGGAGUGAUCUCCCCCAAUUUCCCCAAAAAAUGGCGUCUUCCAAAACCCUAAUCCGCCCCGGAGUUUCUCUGAUGACCCGAUUCCUCACCCGGACUGUGCUUCCCGACCCGAAUCCCCUCACAUCACGGACCCCCGAAUUGAUCUCUUCAUCGAAAUUCUUUCCCUCUUUGUUUGCUUCUCAGUCACACACGCCGCCGCCGCCGCCGCUGCUGCCGCCGCUGCAUUUCCCGCAGAAUCAAAACGACGCCGAAUCGCUCAGGAAGAUCUCAUUCGAAGGUUUCCUCUACCCUUGUGGCAUUCCUUCUCUCCCGUUCUUCCUGCCCGACGGAGAUGAGUCUUCGUCAAAUGAGCCAAUGAUUUUAUUACCAAAGAGGACCUAUCAACCGAGCAACAUCAGGCGCAAACGGACACAUGGAUUCUUUGCUAGAAAAGCAACAAAGGGUGGCCGAAGAGUUAUUGCUCGGAGAGUCGCAAAGGGCCGUUUUAGAAUCACGGCGUGAUGAAGCUUCUGGAAGCUUCCACCGAAGUCAAGUCCACAUGCAAAGUUGAUUUGGUCAGUAGCACAGACAAUUGUGGAAAUUUUGAUUGACUAUUUGGAGUUUACUGUGCAAUAAUAAGUGUACUGUAGGCUGUAGCUUUUUUUUUUUUUUAAGAAAAUUAAAUUUAUGCAUAUUAUGUUUUUCUUUGAUUUACUGGUCUGAUAAUUGACAUAUUUCUUUCAGUAUUACUGAAUUAAUUCACCUAA